AUGUUUGCCAUAAAGGUUGCGCCGGCGCUUGUGACUGGAAAUGCGAUCAUCGUCAAGUCCGGUGAGAAGGCCCUGCUUGCGGUCUUGAAAGUAGCCGAGCUCAUUAAAGAGGCCGGUUUCCCCGCCGGCCUUGUUAAUGUUAUUUCUGGUGAUGGAAGAACCAGUGAUCUACUUGCCUGGAAUAUGAGUAUUGGGGAAAUUUCCUUCACCGGCUCCGUGGCGAUCGGAAGGAAGGUUGCCCAGGCAGCUGCGGCAUCUAACCUGGAGGAUGUGACCCUGGAACUUGGCGGCAAGUCGCCUGCAGUUGUAUUCGUUGAUGCAGACCUUGAUACUGCUGUAACCGCGACUGGGAUCUCCUUUUAUGUUAACUCUGACCAUCAUUGCGAAGCAAAUAGCCGAAUCUUGAUUACCAAAUUAAUGAGUUCUCGAAAGAUAGGUGACCUAACUGACAAAGCUACCUUCCAAGGUCCCCAAGGCGACAAACAACAGCAGAUAAAUAUCUUGGAGUUCAUUAAUGAAGGUAAUCAGGCUGGUGAGCUUGUCUACACUGGACAGGUGCUAGAGGGCAAUGGUGCCUUUGCUCCCCCAACUAUCUUCAAGAAUGUUGGCAGAGAUUCACGAAUCUUCCAAGAAGAAGUUUUCGGCCCUGCGGUUAUUGUCAAUUCUUUCAAGACAGAGGAAGAAGCCAUUGAGAUCGCCAAUGAUACGCAGUAUGGCCUUCACGCAUCUGUAUAUACGACAAACUUUGCCCGCGCUAUGCGUUUUGCCAAGGCAUUUGAGGCCGGAAUCGCUGGAGUCAACUGUGGAGCUCCUGAACAGGUAUACCCCAGCCAAUUUCCCACCGUUAAUACAUGA